AUGGAUGAGAAUAAUAAAUGUAAACCAAUAUGUGGAGACGGAAUUAUUGAGUAAGGAUUAGAAGAUUGUGAAGAUUUUAAUGAUAUUUAAUAUGAUGGUUGCUAUUAAUGUAUGUUUUAAUGUGAAAUUAAUUGUUCUAAAUGUCUCAAAGGUAUCUGCUAAUAAUGUGUAGACGGAUAUGAAUUAUUAGUAGAAGGAUGCUAAAAAAUAUUUAUUAAAUAAAAUGAUGAUUUAGAAGAAUAAGAUAUUAAAAUAUAAUGUGGUGAUGGAAAUCAAUCAAAAACAGAAUAAUGUGAUGAUGGAAAUAAAGAAGAUGGUUGUUCAAGCAAAUCUGAAAUAGAGGGAAAUUGGGAUUGUAAUUUGGAAUAACCUAAUAUUGGUUAUCUAAUUACUAAAUUUUCUUUAAUUUAUUUAAAUCAAACAUAUGACCAUUAAUAUGUUUAAUUGUAGUUUACAAAUCAAAUGAAAUAGAUUUAAAAAUUCAAUUUUACUUAAUCAAUCUUAACUGAGAUAUACAAUUUAAGUUAAGAUUAAUAUUAAGUAAUUAUAAAUCCAGUAGUGAAUGUUUAUGAAACUUAGUUUACCAUGGCAAUAUUUGAAUUUGAUAUAUUAAAUUUAGAGUCGAUUUCAUUUUCACCAAACUUAUCAGUUUCAUUCAAUUCCUCUUUAAUUGAUAAUAAUUAUAUGGCAGCAGAUCUCUCUAAAUAAAAAAUUUUACUUUAACAACCUAAGUAUUAAGUAAAGACUUAAUUAAUGUUGCAAAUAAAUUUUAAGACCUUGGAAGUGCAUUAAUGA